AUGCUCCGGAAGGUGGUUGCGCGCUCUGUGAGGGCCUCUCCCCUGGUCCUUGAAGCUCGUCGAGGCCUCGCCUCCCCAGCGUUCCGUGCGGGACCAACCGAGCCCGCCCUCCUCGAACAAACGGUGCCGGAGCACUUUGCAGGUGUCGUGCGGCAGUUCGGCGAUCGCAAUGCCGUCAUCUCGCACCGCCAGCGCACAAUCCUCACGUACGAAGCGCUCGACCGCGACUCCAAUGCCCUCGCCCGCGGCCUGCAGAAGAGGGGCGUGAAGAAAGGCGACCGCGUGGCUGUGUCGCUGGGCAACAAUGUCGAGUUUGCUACCACUACGUACGCCCUCUUCAAGCUGGGCGCCAUCCUCGUGCCCUUGAACCCGGCCUUCAACGCGCCCCAAGUCCUCUCUGCGCUGAACCACCUCGAAGCCGCCCACCUCAUCAUCGGCGCCGAAACGAACCUCCCGCGAAAGGACCCGCGUUCCAACAUCUCGCUCCUCACCCAUCUCGUUCCCAAUUUGACGGGCGCCAACCUCGAGUCUGAGCUCGUGCCGUCUCUACGAAAUGUCAUCAUGGUCGACAAUGCCCAGGGGAGGAUCGACUGUGCAGUGUACAAGAGCGCCACGAGAUACGAACAGGUGCUGGAAGACGGCGGACAGGGCAGCGCACUCGACGACCAGGGACUCGCUCCCAACGACACCGUGAACAUCCAGUUCACCUCAGGCACAACCAGCAUGCCCAAGGCUGCCUGUCUGAGCCACCUCAGCAUACUGAACAACGGCAACAGCAUCGGCGACAGGAUGCUGCUGACUGAAAACGACCGUGUGUGCAGUCCCCCGCCCCUCUUCCACUGCUUUGGCUGCAUCCUCGGCUACAUGGCGACUGCAACUCACGGCUCCGCCAUCAUCUGGCCAGCCGAAGCCUUCGACCCGCUCGCCACCCUCGAAGCUGUUCGCGAGUACAAAGCCACAGCCCUCUACGGCGUUCCCACCAUGUUUAUCGCCGAACUCGACCUGCUCGCUCACGGCGCCGUUCCCAAGGACGGCUUCGAGCACCUGCGGACAGGUAUCGCGGCCGGAAGCUCGAUACCUGCUGAGCUCAUGCGCAAGCUGCAUAAGCAGCUCAACUUGACCGAGCUGACAAUAUGCUAUGGAAUGACAGAAACAAGCCCUGUGAGCUGCAUGACCACCACCGACGAUCCCAUUGAAAAGAGGAUUGACAGCGUGGGGCGACUGUUACCACACGUGCAAGCGAAGGUUGUGGACCCGAGCGAUUGGUCACGCACGCUCGGCAUCGAUGAAAGAGGCGAACUUGCUGUCAGCGGCUAUCUGCUGAUGAAGGGGUACUGGGGCGACGAGAAAAAGACGUCUGAAGUCAUGGUGGCUGACGACAACGGCGUAGUGUGGAUGCACACAGGCGACGAGGCUGCAAUGGACGCCGAUGGCUACGUCCGCAUAACGGGGCGCAUCAAGGAUCUGAUCAUCAAAGGCGGCGAGAACAUCCAUCCCCUCGAAGUCGAAAACUGCCUCUUCGCACACCCCGCCAUCCGCGAGGUCAGCGUCACCGGCCUCUCAGACGAACGAUACGGCGAGGUGGUUGCUGCAUUUGUCGUCCAGCACGACGGCGACGAGGGCCACAUAACAGCCGACCAAGUCCGGGCCUGGGUCAGGGAAAGGCUGAGCCACCACCUAGUGCCCAAGUACGUCUUCUUCGUGCAAGACUACCCCAAGACACCGAGCGGGAAGAUACAGAAGUUCAAGCUGCGAGAGUCGGGCAUCAAGUGGCUGCAAGACGGGCGAGGGUUGUAG